AUGCAUAACAUCCAGGUUGGACAGCAUUAUAAGCGAACGGGACGGACCAUAUCUCCCUGCUCAACUCCCUCAGUGGCAGAUAUCUUAGCCCUCAGACCCAACCAGGAAAUCUUCACAGUUCUAGGCAGGGACCUCUGGGGCAACACGGUACUCCUGCACGACUUGUCGUAUGUCUCCAAGGCCGGCUUCAACGUGGGACGCGCCGAGGUCGAGGCGAUGCGACUCGUGUCUCAACAUACCGCCGUCCCGGUGCCCCACGUGAUCCAUACCGCAUGCAGUGCCGGCUACCGCAAUAUCGAGAUGACGAUCGUACCGGGAACCUCGCUCGACGGAAGAUGGGAUACGUUGAACGAACGGGGCAAGGAGGCCGUCUGCCGACAAACGUGGCAGCUCAUCACAGAGAUCCAGGCGAUUCCGCGGCCACCGGAGCUUGAAGACAUUGUCCGGUGCGGCGUCGACGGCUCCGUUCCCCGCGAUACCUUCUUCGAAGAUCUGCAGGACCCUCCCCGCGCCCUGCGGAGUGAUGCCGAGCUGCGGGCCCGCAUCUGUGAGCGCUACCAGCACUUCGGCGGCUAUCAGUAUGCAGCUGAGGAUCUAUCGAGGAUGCUGCCCCGGUCCGGGCGCACCGUCUUCACCCACGCGGACAUCGCGCCCCGCAACAUCAUGGUCGAUGCGAACAACCGGAUCACGGGGCUUCUGGACUGGGAGCACGCGGGCUGGUAUCCGGAAUAUUGGGAGUACGCGCAGAUCCUCCGGUCGGCGGCUUGGGGGGACUGGUCCGAAUGGAUGGACCGCACGGCACCGCGGCGAUGGAAUCUCCGGGGGAUAGAGGCUGCCAGGCUGGUACUGGCCUUGGUCCCCUCCGAUGAGGAGCCGGAGCCAGAGUGGUAGUCACCCACCGGUGGACAUCAUGGGGAUGGGUAGCGGACGGCUGACGGACUGACUUCACUACAAACAGCCUACUCUACCCUCUCCCAGUGGACCUCGAGUCUUCCACCAGCGCCAGUCUUCACAUUUUACACAGUACAUCCAGCAGCACAGUGACCUACCAACCUGAAUACCUUCCGACCGCCCACAAUUGUGGCCGAGCGAAUCCCGUCGGAAUAGGGACGACUAGCUGGACACUCAAAGGCGCCAG